CCCGCCCCUUCCCUCCCGCCCUCAACAGUGUCUGUCUCGCCUGCCCUCGGCCCCAUCGCACCCUCUCGGAACCUCAUUGCCUUGCGAGCCGCACGCCAUCGCCACGCCCGCAUCGCCGCCUCUGCCUGCUGCCUCGCCGCACGCCCGCAGCGCUGCGCGCUCGCGGUCUCUCGACGUGCGCCGGCCUCGGGGCGUAGCGCACGCUCUCCCGCAUGUCGCCAAUGGGCUCGCCGCACGUGUCCGCUGCGGACGCCGACGACGCCAGUAGCGGCAGCGGCGCCAGCGACCUCUUCUCCGACGCCAAGGACGCCGCGCCCGCUGGCGCUCCGCAGGGCUCGCCGGCGCCGGGCGAGAGCAUCGGCUUGUCAGAUGCCUCGCAGCCGCCCGCCGCUACUCCUGUCGCUGCGCCUGAAGCACCUUCGACUGCGGCGCAUGAGGCGUCAGGCGCGGCCAGCAGCCAGCGUGAUGUGCCGGCGCCUGACACUGCCCCAGCGGCGGCGUCAGCAGACGCCCCGAACGUGCCGGCCGCUGCUCGUCCGAAGGGCACUGGCGUCGCGGCGCUUCUGAAGCGCUUCCAGCCCGGCGGCGGAACGUCAGGCAGUAGCAGUGAUGCCAGCACCACGCCCGAAGGGAAUGCGUCUUCGUCUGCACACGCCGCUGCACGCAGCUCGGGCCUCGUCGCGGCAAGCGACAAAGCGCCAGCAGCCGACGAGCGGCCGCUCUCUGGCGUCGUCGAGGUGGCCAGCCUCGACACGCUGCCGCCUUCCAAAGGUGCCCACUCGCUGCUCGACCCCGAAGAGACGAUUGCGAAUCCAUUCGCCUCGCAGAGCCACUCGCGUGCCGCCACGCCGCAGCCCUCCUCAGCGACAGACCUAGAUGUCGCCACGCCGUCUGCGGCAAGCGAGUCGGAGCGAGACCCUGCGCGCUUCUCCACAGCCUCGGACGCCGCGUUGGCCGACUCUUCGGCCUGGCGGGCAAGCACAUCAUCUGCAGCUCCGUCCGACAACUUUGAUCCGGCAUCGGCCGUGGCAAAUCGCUUCAGCAUGAUCAGCCUCGGGUCCGCCCGUCCCUCGCGCUCGUCUGGCGACGGCUGGGGCAGCAACAAGAGGGAUACCUUGCAGCCGGCGGACGUGGAGCAGAGCGAGGGGCAGGAGGGUGCGGGCCUGCUGGCGCGCCAGGCUGCGCGCAUCAGCAGAGACAGCAAGGCACGCCAGAGCAUCGACCCGGCGCGUCUGAAGGAGCACUUUGAGCGACUACAGGCUGGACGGCGGUCCAGUCAGGGCGCUGUGCCUGCUGCGACAAGCGAGGAGCAAGUCGAACAAGUGACAAGCAGCACAUCGCCUGCAGAUGCCGAGCACGCCGAGCCUGCGAGCGCGCCCGACGGCGCAUCAGAGGAGGCGCAGGAGGACGUCGUCGACUGGGACUUCUGGGGAGAGGUCAUGGCCAACUAUCAGGAAGUCGCGCACACUCGGCCACAGGAGCUCAGCCAGGCGAUCCAGGCAGGCAUCCCGGCCGCCCUGCGCGGCAUGAUGUGGCAGCUGAUGAGCAGCAGCAAGGACGAGGAGCAGGAGCUCAUCUACGCCUUCUAUCUCAAGCAGACGACGCCGCACGAGAAGGCCAUCCGCAAGGACCUCGCGCGCACCUUCCCCGAGCUCUCGUAUUUCAAGGACAAGACGACGGGCAGCGAGAACAUGUUCAACGUCGUCAAGGCCUACUCGCUGUACGACGAGCCCGUCGGCUACUGCCAGGGCAUGGCGUUCGUCGUGGGCCCGCUGCUGCUGAACAUGCCCGACGAGGAGGCCUUCUCGACGCUGGUGCGCCUGAUGAAGAGCUACGACCUGCGCGGGCACUUCAUCGUCGGCAUGCCGGGCCUGCAGCUGCGCCUGUUCCAGUUCGACCGGCUGCUUGAGGAGCUGCUGCCGCUCCUGCACCGCCACCUCGUCCGCCAGGGCAUCAAGAGCAGCAUGUAUGCGAGCUCCUGGUUCAUGACACUCUUCGCCUACCGCACGCCGCUCGACAUCAUCUACCGCGUUCUGGACGCCGUUUUUGCCGAGGGCAUUGAGGCGCUCUUCCGCUUUGCCCUCGCUCUUAUGAAGAAGAACGAGGAGCACCUGCUGACGCUGGGCUUUGACGAGGCGGUGCCGAUCUUGGCGACGCGGAUCUUCGACGUGUACCUCCACGCGCCCGACGGCGACAGCCCCGCUCGAUACCGCGUCAACGAGUUUGUCCGCGACGCUUUCCAGAUGCGAAUCACGCCCUUCCAGCUCGACGCCUAUGCGGGAGAGUUCGAGGAGCAGGUCAAGGCUGCGAACGCGCACCGGCGUGAGGUCGAGGCGCUGCGUCUGGUCAACCGCAAUCUGGCGGCGCGGGUCAAGUCGCUCGAGGAUGAGCUGACAAGCAUCAAUGCGGAGCACGUCGAGUUGGUCAAACUCGCAAAGGAGGAGAUGGCGGAAGAGCUCGUUCGCUACAAGAUGAUGUACGCCGAAGCGGCUCUGCUCGCGGACCAGCAGGGCGAGGGCGCGGGCCGAGGCCACCACUUCGAUCGCUCACCUUCGUCGAGCUCGCUCUCCCAGCGGUAGCAGCAAUAUAUCAUCCGCAAGCUCCGUCGUCUGCCGUUGGGCUGAUGUUUUCGGGAUCAGCGCGCACUCGCCCUCGCCAUCCAGUAUCGGCCUGCCGCGCAUGGGGCUGCAGACCUCGAGCCGCAAGUGG